UUACUAUUUAGACCAUAAAUAUGCAAGUAGAUAGAAGAUAAUCAUGGCCUCCAAACUUUUGUCAAAGCAUCAACAGAAUUUUGUACAACUUGGAAUAGUCUGCGUGGACGAGAUAAAACUAAUGUUUAAGGAUAUUUUUGAAAGUCAAAUCAAACCAACAGAUCUCUACUACGUCAUCAAUUCAUGUUCAGAACUCACAACUGGCAGACACAAAUUGAGGCCUGAGCAGCUGAGACUUUGUAGCCUUUCCCCGCCUCAGAUUCCUAACUAUGAUCAAUUUGAUGUCUCGUUACUUUAUACACUGAUACGAAAUCUCUGUCCAAACUUAAAACCAACAAAGGGAUGGGGAAAGAUGCCGGAAAGUACGGAUACAAAAAUAGGAGAUGACAUUGAGCGUCUUAGAAUAUUCAGAAAUGAUAUGUUUGCGCAUGUAGAAUCUUCAGAAGUUCCUGAUCCUGUGUUCCUGCAACGCUGGAAUGAUCUGAAAGGAAAUAUUCACAGAGCACAGAAGUUUGUGACGUUACUUGGGUAUAAGGUUAAUUAUGAAGAGAAGCUCGCAAAUAUUGAAAGAUCUGAUUUUGGUCGAGAUGCUAUGGAAAAAUACAAAUUACUUUUGGAAGGAAUGAUGAUUUUCAUAAAUGGAAAGAAGAAAAUUCUUUGUGAAGAAAAGGCAUGCUUUGAAGCUGUGACAGAAAAUUUUCUUGACACCGAUAACUGGCCAAUUAAAUGGGUGAAAGUGAGAGGGGACACAACAAAGAAGAUUGACAUUAGCAAGGAAAAGUACAGUGGGAGUACUAGUAGAAGACUUGUGAUAAAUAAGAUUGAGAAAGAAGACCAGGGUGAAUAUCAGGCUGUGAUUCUACGAGAAAUAGACAAAAGACAUGUUAAAAUUGAAAGUAACACACUUUUCCUAGAAGUCAUAGGAGGCAUUAUACUAUUUAUUAAAAUUGAGUGGAGCAAAGAUGGAAAACGUUUUAUGACAAAAUUUAAAAAAUACAUAGGAGGCAAUGUUACGGACAGGUAUCUGAAAAUCCUUUCUCCAUCAGAGAACGACAGAGGUAAAUACAUGUGUGAAGUUUCCAAUGCUGUAGGAUCAGUUUCGAAGGCUGUUUGUCUAGAUGCUCCAUUUGUAAAAAUUGGCAAAGAUCUUACUGUUGAAAAUUGCCAGAUACUGACGGCUUCAUUUGGUGAUCAAGUCACAAUUGUUGCUACUGUCAAGUCUUGUCCUUCUCCGAUAAAAGCAAUUUGGCAAAAAAGCAGAGAUCAAAAUCCUGAUAAUUUUAUGACCGUUGACAUCGAUGACGCCCGAUAUUUUGGAAGCACUUUUGAUCCAGAGAAACCUAUUUUAGUAAUAACAAAGGCAUCUGAUGUUGACAAAGUGUAUUAUCGACUAGAAGUUACAAAUGGAAUUGGAAAAUCUAUAAGCAAUACUGUUUUGCUGAAAUUAGUCGGCGGUGCGUUGAAAACAACUUCAAAGAUUGAAUUUUGUGAAACAGAUAGUACAAUUUUAAAUUGA